UUCUCAAAACCGGAAAAAUGUUUUUAUUGGUGUUGCAGAGGCGGGUAUUUGAAACUUCAUUUGUACACACUCUGCAAGCCUGAACAUGUCUUGUUUAUAUACACUACGAAACAUGCAAAGAGAAGAUUAAAAUAAAAAGAAAAUGGAUUCUGAUGUUUCAUCACCGGUUAAGCCUUUACAGACCCCAAGUAAAGGUCUUAAUAAUAUAGAGAUGAUGUGCAGUCCCAUUGCAUGUGCAAGGUCAAGGACUCCUGGAAGUUCUACUAAAAAAUUAGGUCAUCCUUUGAUGAUGUCCAGCCCAAGUCCAGCUCAUAAAUUACCUGGCAGUAGUACUAGAAAUGAAUUAUACCUCAAAAGUGUGCUGAGUCCAUAUCACAAAAACUACAACCCUCUGUCUGCCACUCCCACAGGGUUCACUCCAAUGUAUAGAACACCAGGAAGAAAUAUUGGUAGUAGUCCUAUUGUCAAGGAGACACUAGAAACAGCCAAACAACAUCAUUUUGUCACACCUAAUAGACUUGGGCCAAAAAAUCCAUUUGAAUAUGAGGUGGAACAUUUAGAAGGCAAUGUCUUUAUGAGUCCUGGUGUAUUCUCUCUGCCAGGAUCAACUCCUGCUUCUGAUGAAAAGAAAGCCUUCAGAUGGUCUAUAGAACAUUUAGCUGUCCUUCAUCCUGCAGAUAUUGAUGAAAUGCCACAUCAACAAGAUCCACAUCAUGGACAUGACAGAGAAACAGAAGAGAAAGCACAAAGAGCCAUAGAUACCUUUUUCAGCAAUAAUCUUGUUGUCCCUUCUCCUGCAACAGGACUAAAAGCAGCUCCUAGUUCAGGUCAGAGGCUAGGAUGUUUGCCUGAAGAAUUGCAAGGUUCAAUAAAGAAGCAGUUACCAGGAACAGUUCAUGUAGACAACAAAAAAGAAGUAUCUUGUCAAACAAUGCUGUCAUUGCCUGUGGAUUUUGACAUUAACAAAGUUUUAGGUCAGUUUUUACAGAAUCAGCCUGGGCAAGAUGACAAUCCAGAAAUGUUGAGCACAUCUUCACUAAGAAGAAAACUUUUCUUCCAGGGAGAUAACUCUGGAGUUGCUAUUAGUCCUGUCAAAGUGUUUUUAGGUAAAGAUGAAUCAAGAUUAGCUGGUGGUUGUGCUUCACCAGCCAUUCUGUCUUCUAAAACUCCACAGAAAACAGAGAACCAUGCUACUCCACUUAAAACUCCUUCAAGGAAUCAGUUUUCUUCUAGUCCUAUUAAGAAUGUAAGAGAUUUACAUACACCACUGUAUAAAAGGACACCAGGUGAAAAUUUUCUGGACAACCUUGACUUCUCACCUAUAGUCCACGGUCAUCUGUCUCGAGUUAGAUCAUCAGGAUUAUUUAAUCCACAUAAUGGCAGUUUUGUAGAAGAUGAAUAUUCUCCUAUUAAAGAUGAACAUUUAGCUAGACCACUGGAAAGUCCAGAGAUAUCACCAAUCAAACCAGCAGUGUUACUGAAGACACCGUCCAUAUCUAACAGUGCUAUAAAACCGUCCUUCCAUAGUCCGGGUGUGUCACCGAUAGCUGUUGCAUCACCUGUUUUGUCCCCGCCACAUGAUGGAUCAUUUAUACAGACUCAUGAAUGUUCACCUGAUGAUUCUGAUGAGGAUAUGAAAACUCCUUUACCUGCUGAGGUUAAUGAAGAUAAAUUAAAAAAGGCGGAAUCAUGUCGGAAAGUAUCAACUCUGGGUCGCCAUAGACAGAGGAAUAUAUUCCCAGAAUUUGACGACACAGCAAUGGACUUUGAACCUGUGCCUAUUCAUAAAAACUUGAGAUUUGCUGAUGUUGAUGAUAUAAAAACAUCAAGUUUACUAGUCAAUCGUGAUACCUCUUUCGGUGAUAUGGAAUUAACCAAUGAUAAUGUAAUUCAGCCAAACUCCACCAGUCAGGAUACAGGUUAUCAAACAACUAGCUUACAAAUGACCAGUCAGGACACAGCUAGUGGGUCAGCCUCAAAUUUGACUAAUCAUUUUCCAGUUAACUCAACUGGUAUUUCAAACUCUGAUGUUGUAUUUUAUGGGCGACCAUCUACAGUGUUUUCAGAUAUACAGCAUACAAAUUUAACAGCUCAGUUUGGCUCUUUGCCAACAAAUUCUUUUUAUUAUGAGGGUGAUAGUGUAUUAGACUGUAAUGAUCACCCUAUGUCUAGUCCCAAGGAAAAUUUAGUACACCAUAUCUUAGAUAUAACAAAUCCAGAAAAGUUUGGCCAUGGACCUUAUUCAGAAGAAGAGAUUAUAGAUAGAGCAAGGAAAGUUUUACAGCUAGCCAAUGAAAUGUAUCCAGAGUCAAAUCAAAGUAAUGAAAGAGAAGUACAAGAUAUUUGUGAUAAAACAGGGUUAUCUACCUUGCAUGAGCUAGAAACAAUUGUAUCACCAGAAAAGGGUAUCUAUACCCAAGUGCCUUUUAAAUCAGCCAGUGAUCAAGCAAUGGAGAUUUUACGUCGAGCAGGAGAAGACCUGGCUAAAUUUGGACAUUUAUUAUCAUCAAUCAAAGCUUCAGCAGAGAAAAGUAUUCUGAACUUAUGAUAGUUAUUGUAUAGUCAAUCUUCUAUGCCUUACCUUAUCAGUAUUUUAUUGUUACAAAAAUCUGAUGUGAUUUUGUUUUUAUUUGAAAGAUAACUACAUCAUGAACAUGUAGUUUGUAUUUACACUGUGGUCAAUUUCCAGAAAUCCUAUGUAAUAGAUAAAUACUUGUUUACUUGACUAAGAUUAAUUUGGCUCAUUAAUUUUCAUAGAGAUACAUGUAUGACAUAAGAC